GCUUUUAAUUGCACUUAGUCAAGCCAUUUAGAUAGAGUCAAUCGUGACAGUGCAGCGUAAUACAAAACACGAUGGGGUCCAAGAAAAUAUCAUUAGUUCUGUUACUUAGCAAUUUAUGCAUAAUAUCAUCUCGUUGGAUACCGAACAUUUUUAGAAAUCAAACUCAAGAGGCGCUGCUGAUAACACGAUGUAUGGACGAGUGCAGAACUAUAUAUUGCAAAGCAGAAUGUUUAGGUUAUGAAGGCCAAGCUAAAUGUUACAGCUCCUUUUGCACGUCAGCCACUAGGGGCGAAAAUUCGAAAUCUUUGUGUGAUGGACCGAAAUGCAAAUCAAUGUGUUUCGAGAAGAAUUGUACAUCGAAGUGUCUCGGUGGACUUUGUCUUACAGAGUGUCACGGCAGCGAAUGCAGGUCGAACUGUUACGGCGGACUCUGUGUGUCAAAGAGCGAUGGUAUUAAUUGUAUUGCAGUGUGUGAAGGUGGCACGUGCUUUUCCAAUGUGAGUAAUUUUAUUAUGUCAUUUUAUUUGUAUCAAGCACAAAUGUAUGUAUGAUUAAAAGUAUUUUUGUUAUCAGGCGACAGGAGCAAAUUCAGUGUCAAAAUGCACGGGCGGGGCUUGUUCAGCUGAUACAAACGGAGAUAGAUCGAACGUUUCGUGUUAUGGAGACGUUUGCGAAGCUAAGUGCCAUGGCGCUAACUGUAAUGCCAAUUGUGACGGAGAAUACUGCUUGGCUAAGUGUUACGGGACGAAUUGCAAGACAAUUUGCAACGGCGGGGAGUGUCCACAUUUGAGGCAAUAUACUGAGAAGGCGCUCAGUGACUCGUCUUUGAUUAAAUUUGACUUCAACGCAGAUCUGCUGGAAUAAUUUUUUUUUAUACAAUAUUAUUUUAUUGUACCGUAGGAAAAAUAAAAUUUCUUUUGCAUAAUAAAGCUUUUGGAAUCUUGAUAAAAUUUUAAAUUAUCUUUUUCGCUAUUAAUAUUUUAUCUUUACCAACAAAGUAUAAUUUUGAUAUUUCUUCCUCCUGCUUCUACAUUUCUUGUAUUUCUACGUGUUUAAGUUGCAGCGGAGCUUAAAAUUUUUCUUAAUCCAUUAAAAAAAUAUAAAUCUUACAUUUAUGACUGCA